GGAGCCGUGGACAACUGAGCUGGAACAACUGAGCGAAAACGGAUUGCUAAACCAAAACCAUAACCAUGGCGGACGAACAAGAAAUAAUGUGCAAAUUAGAAAAUAUCUUGGAAAUACGGAACAAGACGGUCCAGAUGCAGAAAAUCAAAUCUCGUCUUAAAGUUGAGUUUGAGGCUCUGGAGUCUGAGGAGAAGCAUCUGAAAGAGUACAAACAAGAGAUGGAUCUGCUUCUACAAGAGAAGAUGGCACACGUGGAGGAGCUGCGGCUCAUCCAUGCUGAUAUCAAUGUGAUGGAGAGCACCAUCAAGCAGUCGGAGAAUGACCUGAAUAAACUGCUAGAAACAACUCGCCGCCUACAUGAUGAGUACAAACCUCUGAAGGAGCAUGUCGAUGCCCUCAGGAUGACUCUCGGUCUGCACAGACUCCCGAACCUGAACGAAGAAGAGGAGAAGCUGUCCCUGGAUUACUUCGAGAAGCAGAAAGCGGAGUGGCAGAAGGAGCCGCAUGAGCCUGCCAUCCCAGAAUCCCUUGCAGCUGCUGCAGCAGCAGCACAACAGCUUCAGGUUUCCAGGAAGCAGGAUGCACGCCAGACAGCCACGUUCAGACAACAACCCCCACCGAUGAAGGCUUGCCUCUCCUGCCACCAGCAGAUUCAUCGUAAUGCUCCCAUCUGCCCAUUGUGCAAGGCCAAGAGCCGCUCCCGCAACCCAAAGAAGCCCAAGAGGAAGCCAGAUGAGUAGAUCGCCCUCUUCCCUCAGCCUCCGUUUGACUUAAAGGGACCUGGUCAGAUACACUGAUCUAAGAUCAGCCGUGUACAUCUCUAGAUAUGGCUGAAGUAACAGAGAAUUGCUUCAGGGUCAUUUCCACAAUUAGUCCCCACUUUAACAAACUGUCUUGGUACCUUUUUGCAUAAACUGUCGAGCUGAUCAAGUGUCUGUUAUUGUUCGUUCUGUUGUUUUUAUCAGUGCUUUGGAUGUGUUUGUCAUUGUAUGACGCCUGUAGUAGCUAACUAGCCUCUAACCAUGUAACUGCAAUAGUGCAAAAAGGACAUUGAUGAAAAUGUCCAGUCAUUUUUACCCAUGAUGCUUUUGUUCAUUCCCUUAGAUAUUGUACUGUACUGUGUAUAUUUUUAUGCAAUGCAUGCGUGUUUCUAUGGCUGUUCGUUGUGUAUUUUUGUGCCAUUAUUAAAAUUAAACAGGUUUAUUUGAAAAGUCAAAUAAAAAACAAUGUUGUUUUAAUGUUUACAGUAUUCACGUUUCCACAAACUGGAAAGAAAAAACCCCGCUCAUCUGCUCUGAAUGGUGUUGUUCUGUGUUCACUUUAAUACAGUGUUAGGGAAAUAAAUGGCUGUUUUGUUAUAA